AUGAUUGCCAGACCAAUGUUUUCGUCGGUUUUCCGACAAGCUGUCCGCCCAGCAACAUUUGCCUCCAAAUUCUCGGCCCCUCGGUUCUCUCCCAUCGCCUCUCGAUAUCUCUCAACGGAAGUCCGCAAGCAGAUUGAUCAAGUUGUUGGUUCGAAGCCUGUUGUACUUUUCAUGAAAGGUACACCGGAAAAUCCACAGUGUGGCUUCUCAAAGGCAACCAUCCAAAUCUUGAGUCUACAGGGCUUGGACCCAGAGAAGUUCGCUGCCCUUAACGUUCUAGAGGAUGAAGGUUUAAGACAAGGAAUUAAGGAAUACUCCGAAUGGCCAACCAUACCCCAACUUUAUGUCAAUAAGGAGUUUAUAGGAGGAUGCGAUAUCUUGAUUACAAUGCACCAAAACGGAGAAUUGGCCAAGGUAUUGGAAGAGAAUAAGGUCUUGGUUCAGGAAUCAUCAUAA